CUUUUCGUUUUUUCUCUCUCUCCGUGGAGGGAGCUUUCCUCUGCUUUCAGCCGCUUCGAUUGCGAUCGCCGCCGAUACCGCUAUCCGUUUAUCUCUGCUACUCUCCUCCUCCUCCUAGGGUUUGCAAGAAUUGCACUUUCUCUUUCUUAUGUGUAUUUGUUAUAAUUUGCCCGCCCCGAAAUAUUUUUUGAAUGUUAGGAAUUGGAUCGAAUUGAUGAAGGAAUAGGGUUUCCUUCUCUGGUUGCCGAGUGAAAGCGCUCCGGAUCCAGGUAAUAAAAUACCGAGGCUAUACGAAGAUAUUGGAUAUAUUGUGCCUAGUGGAUAAAAGGAACCGUGGGAGUUUGGUAUGAAAGAUGGUGUCGAAGAAGGAUAGGUUUUCAGGAGGAUAUUCUGUUGGCUUUGCCACUAAUUAUGAGUUGGAAGAUUCUGGCAGUUCAGGAAGAAUUGAUACAGAAACAGGGGUUUCACAGGCUUCAACUGCCCCUAGAAGAAAGUGGAUUAAUUUAAAUUCUUCUUCUAAUGAUGGUUUUGCUGUGCCCCUACAAGUUAUACCUUUGGCUCAACUCUCUCCAUCUGAGAGAUGGAACUUAGUACUGCAGUUGAAAUCUGAACUCGAAAGAACUCGUAUUCUCCAGAAGAAAAUUGAUCUGCAGAGGACAAAUACUGUCACUGCAUCAUCAUGCAGUGACAUCCUUAGCUGUAGCAAUACUAAAAAACGACCCUCAGUAGGGAACAUUAAAAAAUCCGUGGGCUCAGGAAAAAAAUCUGGCUCGAAUUCUCUUGGACAGAAGCCACGGGUAUUGAAUCCAGGUUCUUCAGGAAGGUUUGAGCCUGCAAAACUUGCUCCCGAACAAUCAAGUUUGAAUGCAACAUUGCUCAAACAAUGUGGAAACCUGUUGAAAAAUUUAAUGACACAUCAGCAUGGUUGGGUGUUUAAUGAGCCUGUUGAUCCAGUAAAAUUAAAUAUCCCAGAUUAUUUUACUGUCAUUAAGCAUCCAAUGGAUUUGGGAACAAUAAAGAAGAAGCUAGCUUCUGGCCAGUACUCAAAUCCACUAGACUUUCUUGCUGAUGUGAGAUUGACUUUUUCCAAUGCCAUGACCUACAAUCCUCCUGGAAAUCAUGUCCAUAUCAUGGCUGAUACGCUGCGCAAGUUUUUUGAAAUGAGAUGGAAACUUAUUGAGAAAAAGAUUCCAGUUGGUAUUGCUGAAUCAGCAGAAGUCAACUCUGGCCUGCAUGAAGAAAGUGAAACUACUAAGCCUGUAUCUUCAAAGCCUGUAUCUUCUUCAAAGAAAAGGAAACUUUCUCCUGCACAUCAUAUGGUAAUCCCAGAACCACCUAAACUGAGGAUGACUAAUGAGGAGAAAAAUAAAUUAAGCCGAGAAUUGGAAGCUUCAUUGCCUGAUUUACCAGAUAAUAUAAUUGAGUUUCUUAAGGAACAAAGUUCAAGUGGAACAGAGGCUGGAGAGGAUGAGAUUGAGAUUGAUAUUGAUGUUCUCAGUGAUGAAACAUUAUUCACGUUGAGAAAGUUGUUGGAUGACUUUUUCCAACAGAAACAAAAAGACAAUGCAAAAGCGGAAGCUUGUGAGAUAGAGCUCCAAAAUGAAUCAGGGUUUAGCAAUUCAUCCAUGCAACUAGACAAAGGUAAUGAUCUUGUUGAGGAGGAGAUUGACAUUGGUGGAAAUGAACCUCCUGUCUCAAGUUAUCCUCCAGUUGAAAUUGAAAAGGAUAUUGCCUUACAGAGUAAUGAAUGUAUUAAUGCGGGAGGUCCAACUGGUAAUUCAGAUUCAGAUUCUAGUAGUUCUUCUGAUGAUGACUCAGAUGGACACAAAGCUUCUGCUCUCACAAAGCAGGAUCAGGCUUGUCUAGCAGCAAGCAUAGAUAGAAAAGGUGUUAAUGAUUUGACUGAUGGUGAUCGUGCGAUCAGUUUGUUUGACCAGGUUGAACAAAGCUCCCAACAGAAGCCAAAUUCUUCUGAAUUUGAUGGGCAACAAGAUGGGGAGAUCUCUCAGAAUGAUAGGCCAGCAUCUCCUGAGAAGCUCUAUAGGGCUGCUUUAUUGAAGAACAGAUUUGCAGACACAAUUUUAAAGGCUCGAGAAAAGACACUUGGUCAGGCUGAUAAAGGAGAUCCAGACCAACUCCGCCGUGAAAGGGAAGUGCUUGAGAUGCAGAGGAAGAAAGAGAAAGCUAGGCUACAGGCAGAAGCCAAAGCUGCUGAAGAGGCUCGAAAACGAGCAGAAGAGGAGGCUGCAGCAGAGGCCAAGAGACAAAGGGAAUUUGAAAGAGAAGCUGCAAGGCAAGCACUGCUCAAGAUGGAACAGACCGUUGAAAUCAAUGAGAAUUCCCGGUUCCUUGAAGAUUUGGAGAUGUUGAGGGUAGGCCCUGCAGAACAACAUAGCCCUCUAAAUGAGUCCAGCCCACAACAUUCGCUGGAUGCUUUAGGCAGUUUCAAAUUUACAGGCAGUAAUCCUUUAGAACAACUCGGUCUGUAUAUGAAAGAAGAUGAUGAUUUUGAAGAAUGUGAGCCGCCGCCAUCCAGUGUUCCAAAAGACACAAAGGAUGUAGAGGAAGGAGAAAUUGAUUAGGGUUGGUUCGUCUAGUAUGCCUAAGUAUUUUAACCUCUACGGACGAAACAUCCCUUCUCCGGCCUUCACCAGAAAAUGCCCCCCCGAGUACAAAGCCCUUGAAUCCAACCCAGAGGUAAUCAUCACCAUGAACCCAACAAUGUUGUAAUACUAUAUCAAGUGAAAAGGUGUUGCUGAAACCCAUCCUCUCUUGAAAUAUGAGGGGAGUUGCAGGGCAUUGAAAUCUGAAAAUAAUGUGUACCUGAGAUCAUUAAACCAUUGUGUUUGGUAUGUGGUAUGGUUGUAGUAGUGUAGGAUGUAAUUUGAGCAUGUUGGUUCAUCAACAUUUAGCAACUGUAAAAGCCACAGGAUUCUAUAUUAUUUUUCCUUUUUUAGAUUUAGCAAUUAUGGGGUGCAAAGUGCUCCUUUCUAUA